AUGCACCCGACCUCAACCCAGCUUCCCCAAAGAAGAGCUACCCAUGCCUUAACCCACCCAAUGCCUCCACCCCGCCUCCGAAAUGGCAGUCUCACACCUCUACCCACAACGUCAUCUCCAGAAUCAGGUCAACCAUCCAUUCAAAAUGCCUCAUCCCUCGCCUCCAUUCAAAACAUUCUCUCGACCCUCCACAUCCGCGACGUAGCCAUCACCUCGAGCCUCCAAUCCCUCAUCUCCUCCCAAGCCUCUCUCUCCCGCGAUCUUGGCCGUCUCGAUCUCCUACGCGCACAUCUUGGUACAAAUGUAAUACAUACUAGGGCGAUUUCAAAUGGCAUGCUGGAUAAUGCCGCCAGCACGGCCGAGAAACUUAGCUCGAAAGUAAAGGAAUUGGAUUUGGAGAAGAAACGAGUCGAGGAAACAUUGGGUGUUGUUGAACAAGUCGCGGAAUUGAAAGCAUGUGUAAAUGGCGUGGUGGGUAGCAUGGGGGCACCACAAGACUGGGAAGCAGCAGCGGGUUAUAUUGCAAGGGCGUCGAAGAUCCCGGUACAUAUUAUAGAAGGCAAUUUUGCGGCGAGGACGGUUCCCAGUGUAGAGGUUCCGGAUUCGCCUGGGGUGACAAUUGAGGCGGCGAAGGAAAGUUUGUGUGGGUUAUUUUUGAGGGAGUUUGAGAAGGCGGCGGCGGAGGGUGAUGGGGUGAGAGUUACGAGGUUUUUUAAAUUGUUUCCAUUAAUUGGAAGGGAGGAAGUGGGGCUGGAUGUUUAUGGGAGGUAUGUUUGUCAAGGGGUAGCAGGAACAGCGAGGAAUAAUCUGAAGGAGGGGACGAAAGGUGAGAGGGGAAAGGAGGGGUUCUUUUAUGCUCAGGCAUUGACGAGGUUAUUUGAACAUAUUGCGCAAAUUGUGGAGGGGCAUGGAGGGUUAGUGGAAAGACAUUAUGGAGCCGGAAAAAUGAUUAGGGUGAUUGAGAGGUUACAGGUUGAGGCGGACGUGCAAGGUGGGAUAGUUUUGGAUACAUGGGGAGAUGAGAAGAGUGUUGAUAGAAGGUUGACGGAUGUGAGGAGUUAUCCGUUCUCAUUCCUGGUGCAAAGUUUCCUACCAAAUCACAGACCUACAGGUAUUUCGAGAACAGGCUCACCUGCGGUUGGAGGGGCUGCUAAUGGGAGAGUGAGUGAAGAUGAGGGUGUGGAUAUGAAAGAAGUGGACGGUCUUUUGAAUGAAAUGGCUGUGAUGUUAGGUCGAUGGUCGUUAUACACUCGAUUCUUGAGCGGAAAAUGCAGGGUGAGUCCGACAACAAUACCAGUCCUUCAGCAAGCGAUUUCUAAACUAUUCCAGGAUCCAGAAGCUAGCCCGGACGAGCCCCUGAUUAUGCCUGAUUUAUUAGACAAAUCAGUUCUGAAUCGAAAGAUCUCAAAUCGUCUAAAAGACCCCUUCAAUGUUAUGACGACAUUUUUCUUUCGACGAUCAGUGGAGAAAGCAUUCCAAUUGGAUGAAUCACCUACUGGAUUAUCUCUCAAUAUAUCAAAACCUAUUGACGGUAACGCUCCAUAUAUAAUUUCGGCUGUGGACGAUGUCAUGUACAUCGUCAAUACAGUACUCAAACGAUCUAUCUCAACAUCACAACGUGGUGUAAUUGAAUCCGUUAUUCCAGCAAUAAGUAGAGUUCUUGGAACCGAUUUUGUAGGUAUGGUUCAGCGCAAAAUGCGAGAUGAAUCCUAUCCAAAACCACUAGUACAAGGCGGUUUUCCACCGGAAGACAAAAUUAUCGCCUUCAUCGUGCUAAUAAACAGUCUCGAUGUGUCAAAUGACUAUAUUUUCCGAAUUGUGUCAAGUCAUCUUCAAUCAUCCGAACCAAACGGCGCUUCUCAUGCUAAAGGCGUAGUGCCUACUCCAGCACUCAAGGAUCUCUUCCCCUACAGUCACGAUGCUACCUUUGUUUCCAAUUCACUUCUAAGUCUCAAAGCAACAUUCUCAUCAAAGACCAACGAAUUGAUCAGCGAAGGUCUUCAAGUAAUGUUCAACAAUGUCAUUAAACCGCGUCUUCGUCCCGUCCUGAGCGAAACCUUCCGCGAUGCAGAUUAUUCCCUCACAUCAGAAGAUCUCGCUGAAAUAACCCGCCAAAACGAUACGGACGACGACCCUCAAGAGCUUCUCCAGGAUAUGGUAUCCCACCGCUUUGAGCACCACUGGGAUGCCCUCAUGAAACCCAUCCAAAGAAUUAUGUCUACAUCGCCAUUCAAUACACUCCUAGAACAAACCGCUCAAUAUCUAGCAAGAGUCCUAGAAAGGAGAGUUUGGAACUAUAGUGGGAAGAUGAACGCACUAGGAGCGACCAGGAUGGAAAGAGAUUAUGGGGGUAUCGUGGGAGUAAUUGCUAGAGGGGGGAAAUAUGGGUUGAGAGAUGUUUUUGCAAGGGUAAUGCAGGUUGCUAUGGUAGUUAAUAUGGACGAAGAGGAAUGGGAGGCGGUUAAUGUUGAAGGAGAUGGGCUGGGUGAGGAGGAGGUAGAGAUGGUUUGGGUGUUGACGGUAGAGGAGAGGAAUAGGGCGAGAAGCAUGGUUAGGUGA